GCGUCUGGCCGAGACCCUUCGGGGCCGCUGACGGGAGCAGCAGCGGCCAUGGAGACGGCGGCGGGGCUGGAGCGCUGGGUCCAGGACGAGCUGCACUCGGUGCUGGGGCUGAGCGAGCGGCACGUGGCCCAGUUCCUGAUCGGUACCGCGCAGCGCUGCGCCUCGGCCGAGGAGUUCGUGCAGCGCCUGCGAGACACCAACACUCUGGACCUGGGCGGGCCGGCGCGGGACUUCGCCCAGCGGCUCUGGAACAAGGUACCCCGGAAGGCAGUGGUAGAAAAGCCAGCGCGGGCAGCUGAGCGAGAGGCCCGAGCUCUGCUGGAGAAGAAUCGAUCUUACCGGUUGCUGGAAGACAGUGAGGAGAGCAGUGAGGAGACCGUAGGCAGGCCCGACAAUAGCCAGCAGAAGAAGCGGAAGAAGCGGAAACACCUCAGGAAGAAACGGCAAGAGGAGGAGGAAGAAGAGGAGGAGGAAGAGGUCUCUGAUAAAAGGAAGAAGACAGGGGGGAGCGCCCCGCAGACAGAGAAGCCAGAGUCCGAGGAUGAGUGGGAGCGGACGGAGCGAGAGCGCCUGCAGGACCUGGAAGAACGAGACGCCUUCGCCGAGCGGGUACGGCAGCGCGACAAGGAUCGGACUCGCAGUGUCUUGGAGCGGUCGGACAAAAAGGCUUAUGAAGAGGCUCAGAAGCGCCUCAAGAUCGCCGAGGAAGACCGUAAAGCCAUGGUCCCCGAGCUGCGGAAGAAGUCCCGCCGCGAGUACCUGGCGAAGCGGGAGCGGGAGAAGCUCGAGGACCUGGAGGCCGAGCUGGCCGACGAGGAGUUCCUCUUCGGCGACGUGGAGCUGAGCCGCCACGAGCGGCAGGAGCUCAAGUACAAGAAGCGGGUGCGUGAUCUGGCCCGCGAGUACCGUGCUGCCGGAGAGCAGGAGAAGCUGGAGGCCACAAAUCGCUACCACAUGCCGGAGGAGACCCGGGGACAGCCGGCGCGUGCUGUGGACCUCGUGGAGGAGGAGUCGGGGGCCCCGGGAGAGGAGCAGCGGCGCUGGGAGGAAGCCCGGCUCGGGGCCGCCUCCCUGAAGUUUGGGGCUCGAGACGCGGCUUCCCAGGAGCCCAAGUACCAGCUGGUGCUGGAGGAAGAGGAAACCAUUGAGUUUGUUCGGGCCACUCAGCUACAGGGUGAUGAGGAGCCAUCAGCUCCCCCGAUGCCGACCCAGGCUCAGCAGAAAGAGUCCAUCCAGGCCGUGCGCCGCAGCCUGCCCGUGUUCCCGUUCCGCGAGGAGCUCCUGGCUGCCAUCGCUGACCACCAGAUCCUCAUCAUUGAGGGCGAAACAGGCUCCGGGAAGACCACCCAGAUCCCUCAGUACCUGUUUGAGGAGGGUUACACAAAGAACGGUAUGAAGAUUGCGUGCACCCAGCCCAGGAGAGUGGCAGCGAUGAGUGUGGCUGCGCGAGUGGCCCGGGAGAUGGGUGUGAAACUCGGGAAUGAGGUUGGCUACAGCAUCCGCUUUGAGGACUGCACGUCAGAGCGAACGGUCCUCCGCUACAUGACCGACGGGAUGCUGCUCCGGGAGUUCCUCUCUGAGCCUGACCUUGCAAGCUACAGCGUGGUGAUGGUGGAUGAGGCUCAUGAACGGACCCUCCACACAGACAUUCUCUUCGGGCUGAUCAAGGAUGUCGCUCGCUUCCGACCAGAGCUCAAGGUCCUGGUGGCUUCAGCCACUUUGGACACUGCCCGUUUUUCUACUUUCUUUGAUGAUGCCCCCGUCUUCCGAAUCCCUGGUCGCAGGUUUCCUGUUGACAUCUUCUAUACCAAGGCCCCGGAGGCUGACUACCUGGAAGCCUGUGUGGUGUCAGUGCUGCAGAUCCAUGUGACCCAGCGCCCUGGGGACAUCCUGGUGUUCCUGACAGGACAGGAGGAGAUUGAGGCGGCCUGUGAGAUGCUGCAGGAUCGCUGCCGCCGCCUGGGGUCCAAAAUCCCUGAGCUCCUGGUGCUGCCCAUUUAUGCCAACCUGCCUUCUGACAUGCAAGCUCGAAUCUUCCAGCCCACACCCCCGGGAGCACGAAAGGUGGUUGUGGCGACGAACAUCGCAGAGACAUCACUGACGAUCGAGGGCAUCAUUUACGUGCUGGAUCCAGGGUUCUGUAAGCAAAAGAGCUACAACCCCCGCACAGGCAUGGAGUCACUCACGGUCACGCCCUGUAGCAAGGCCUCAGCCAAUCAGCGAGCGGGUCGGGCAGGCCGGGUGGCAGCCGGGAAGUGCUUCCGCCUCUAUACCGCCUGGGCAUAUCAGCACGAGCUGGAGGAAACCACAGUGCCCGAGAUCCAGAGAACCAGCCUGGGCAAUGUUGUGUUGCUGCUGAAGAGCUUAGGGAUCCAUGACCUCAUGCAUUUUGACUUCCUGGACCCUCCUCCAUAUGAGACUCUGAUGCUGGCACUGGAGCAGCUGUAUGCUCUGGGAGCCCUCAACCACCUCGGGGAGCUUACCACGUCUGGUCGAAAGAUGGCAGAACUUCCCGUGGACCCAAUGCUGUCUAAAAUGAUCUUGGCCUCUGAGAAGUAUAGCUGUUCAGAAGAGAUCCUCACGGUGGCUGCCAUGCUCUCUGUCAACAACUCGAUCUUCUACAGACCCAAGGACAAAGUGGUCCAUGCAGACAAUGCCCGUGUCAAUUUUUUCCUCCCGGGUGGGGACCACCUGGUUCUCCUAAAUGUCUAUACACAGUGGGCUGAAAGUGGUUACUCUUCUCAGUGGUGCUAUGAGAACUUUGUACAGUUCAGAUCAAUGCGCAGAGCCCGGGAUGUGCGGGAGCAGCUGGAGGGACUCUUGGAACGUGUGGAAGUUGGUCUCAGCUCCUGCCAGGGGGACUACAUCCGUGUACGCAAGGCCAUCACUGCUGGUUACUUUUACCACACAGCAAGGCUAACUCGCAGUGGCUAUCGCACUGUGAAACAGCACCAGACAGUGUUCAUUCAUCCCAACUCGUCUCUCUUCGAGGAACAGCCACGUUGGCUGCUCUACCAUGAGCUCGUCUUGACUACCAAGGAGUUCAUGAGACAGGUACUGGAGAUUGAGAGCAGUUGGCUUCUGGAGGUUGCUCCCCACUAUUACAAGGCCAAGGAACUAGAAGAUCCCCAUGCUAAGAAGAUGCCCAAAAAAGUAGGCAAGACACGAGAAGAGCUAGGAUAAAGAGAAAAGGCUCUAAACAGCCUGACAUCAGCUCCUUUCCUUCUGUACAUUAAUAUCUUUUAAUAAAAGUAUUU